UGUGUUGGUUUCCUAAUCUGACGUUGGAGUCUCCACCUAGGUGUUCGGAUGUAGGUCCGGUUUCUUGCAGAAAGAUGGCCAGGGCCGUCUUUUGGACGUUUCAGGUUAAAGAGAGCGCUUAUAAAAGGCAGUUCAACAGUAGCUUGCUGGUUACUCGGGGCCUCAAUAGCGAAAGUUGCCCUGACGGAGUUGUGUGGUGUGUUGUUGGGCAUGUGGCGAAGUGUGUAAGUGAGAUUCCGGGCUCUGUAUAGUGACAUAGUGUGCCUAGUGCAGCUCGACGCGGCAAUUACUGCCGUCUUCAAAUAAAAGUUUAAACUUUACCGCAAAAAAUACAUUCAGUUCGCUCCGUUUUGUAAGAAGACAGAAAAAUGGCAAGCGGCACCCUUCUUAUAUUUACUUGUAUAUGGAUUGUCACAACUUCCGCAUUCCCACAUCCAGCCGAAGACAUUAUCACACAACCUAAACCUGGAGAGGAGUACGUCUUUGUUCAAACAACGGGUUCAGGUGCUCGUCCAAUAGCAAGGAAAGAUAAACAUGCAAAUGAAGAACGCCCCUUUGAAACCGCACAUAAACUUCCUCCUUCUGUAACAUAUGCUUUAAAUCAUGAUGACUUUGAUGAAAAAGUUCAACCUAAAAAUAAACACCACAAACGGGAAGCCAACCCCAGCGAAUCAGCAGCACCAGCGCCAGCUGGAGCCAUCAAACUGGACGUACAAAAACUUUUAGAAAAAUAUAAAACAGAACUUAAAACAAGUACAACCCAAGCUCCAAAGAGUACAACGAAAAGUGCGAAACGUGGUGGAAAUAGAAGAAUUAAAAAAGAAGCCAAGGAAGAAUUUGUUGAAGUCACUAGUCUUAGUCCAGUUUUAACUACCGGAGCAGCUGCCCCACGGACGAUCGAUGAUGAUAUUCCUUUAGUUGCUAGUGGUAGCGAAAAGCAAAGAUCUCGUAUACAAAUUAAGAAAGCACCAAAUGGACAGGAAUACGAAUAUGAAUAUGUGUACUAUUACUAUGAUGACGACGAAGACGACAAAAAAGUUACAAACGGACAUGACGGUCCAGCACGCAAUCAGAUUUCUAAAGGAUCAAGUAAAAACCGUGGUUCUGUUGAACGGACAAGCGCUACACCCGAAGCCAACGAGGUCGUACCGUCUUCCAGAGGCAAAACGAGGGGACGGCAACUUGGAGAAGAAGAAGUUGGAGAAGACAGAUUGCCUGCUAAUACAAGAUUCCCACCAAGAAGUAGAAAUUUAAACACUACGCCAUUACCGGAAGAGGAAACAAAAGCAACGCGAGGUCGUGGAAGAGGAAGGCCAACUACUGAGGCUGCACCUAGUGCUGCGACAGAAGCUGAUAAUGUUUCGGACGAAACUCAGGGAUCUCGAGGACGUACUCGCGCCAAUGUAAGAAGACCUUCCCUAGAAUUGGUUGAUAAUGCGUCGUUCAAUACUCAUCCUGGAUCUGAACCAUCUUCCAGUAGUCCUUCAUUUCCCACAGACCUUCCAGCCGGACCGGUACGUUUCUUAGGAGCAACGCCCAAUGAAAGCGUGGAUCCACCAGAACCCAUCAGCUCAUCCGGUAACACAGCAGAAGUAAAAAAAGAAGAAACUGCAACUGAAACGUCAGAAGACACAACAACAGCAAUGUCUCCAAUGGAUAAAGUUGCAUUAGAUCUUUACGCAAUUCUACAAGGAACGCAGAAACUUUCAGGAGAAGAUGGAGAGCUAGACGAUGAAGAAAAUACUACAGAUAGUGAUACAGAAUUGACUACGUUGGAAGCUACUACUGAAGAAAUCAUAGAAACAACAACGCCAACCACUACUACUACCACUACUACCACCACUACAACUCCAGCUCCUACUACAACAACAACAACUACUACUACUGAAGCUGCACCAGUUGGUAGGGGAAGAUUUAAAGGAAGAGGAAGAAAAACAACACACGCUGCGUCAACUACUGAAGCUACCCACGCUGAAACAAAACCAAAAAGUAAAUUUAGUAGACCAAGUUUUGGAGGAAGACCCCGACCAAGUGCAAGAACUACUCCAGAACCUGCAGCCGAACAAGAUGCUUCUAAAGAAGAAGUAAAGCCAGCUAGUCAUUCAAGGCCUACUUUAAGUCGAUCUAGAUUUGGCGGCACUAGGUCAAGAACUCGUACCACAACUGCUCCUUCUGAUGCCCCCGAAGACGCUGCAAGUAGUACUGCUACUCCAUCAUCCAAACCUUCUCUAACAAGACCUCGCUCCUCCUUUAAUUUAAGAACUCGAGGACGUACUACAACUCCAGCAACUGAAGAUGAAUCUUCACAGAACGAAGAAACUGCAUCCAGCUCAGAAGCAGUUAGUACUACUGCUAGAACUAGAAGGGUACAAACUGGAGGAGCGGUAAGACCCUUGAGACCUGGACCUCGCAUUAAUUUAGCUAGAGGGCGACCAGGACAAACAACUACAACGACUACUGAAGAACCUAUUGAAGACCAUAUAACCGGAGAUGAGGAACAACCUACAAAAGAUACUACGGAAAAUUCCGAAGAAAAGGAACCUGAAACUUCUCCUGCACCAGUAGACAAUAGUCCUUUAGGCAGACUAAGAAAUAAACAUCGAAUUAACGUUCAAGCUCGUCCUAAAGCAGCUGCAAGUACACCUGUACAAGUUCGACGUGUUAAUCCCUUGAUUGCCCGAAGAAGACCAGGUCAGUCUACAGAAGCUCCAUCUAGUGAAGCUCCCCAAGAAUCUGCUAGCACAGAAGGUGCUGAAGUAGAAGAAAACGAAGAAACGGAAGCACCAGUAGCCUCUAGUACAACUACCGAGGAACCAAGGGGUCUAAAUAAAUUACUUGCCGGUAGAAGAAGGUUAGCGACAAGACCUGCUGCUCACCAUUAAGGCUGAUAAAUAAUUGAAAACCAUAGUAUCAUGGCAUACAACGAAGGAAGAAGAUUCACGUAAAGGUUUUCAGUUAUAAAAACUUAUUAAAUUGAUUGUUUUUGUCGCAAUUAUUCAAAAGUAAUGUCAUAUUUUAAAAAUUAUUUAUUUUAUUCCUUGAAUUAUCUUUUUCCUAAAAAUAUGAAAUUAAAUAUCUUUACCUAUGUUAUUAGGAAAACUUUUGUAAAUACGACUGUUCUAUAAUAGACCAUUAAAUUCCUUGUUUGCUUGGUUAAGAAGGUACUUAUUAUUAAUUUGAGCUUAAGAUUGUUCUACGAUUAAGAAAAUAAUUAUUUAAGACAUUUUAUACGCAGGCUAAAGUAGUGCCAACUUUAUCGUAUACAUACAUUCAAUUCGUGUAGGUGAUUGCAAGAUACUCGAUACUAGUUUACCAAAUCGUCUUAUGAUAAAGAAUUGAAAAUUACCUACUCGCAACUUUUAUAAAGAAAAUUCGUAAAUAAAAUGUAAAUAAUCAUAUUUCA